GUUGUCAGCGGGUGUACGUGUUUCAAUUAUCCCAAGUUCUUUCAAACGUAAAUUAACGACGCCGAAAGUGGUAACACUGCACGGAGUCCGUCCAAUAAAGAGGCCGCGUCAUGGAAAAGAGUUGCGGGAUUGGUGAACAACGAAUUUGCAGCCUCGAACUCGUGCAGCUGCCCGCUCGCCAGCAUGCCUGCUGCAAAGGAAGCGAGCCGUCACACAAAAGCAAGAUGGAGGAUCUCACAGUCGAAGUAUGCGGCGAAAACGGAGCAUAUUAUAAGGCCUUUGUCAGCGAUGUUUUUGAAGACGAAGUUCUGGUAACUUUCGAAAAUGAUUGGCAACCGGAAUCAAAAUUUCCAUUUGCUCAAGUACGGCUACCUCCUAAGGAUGGUCCAAAACCAGAAUUUCAGGAGAAUCAGGAAAUCGAGGUAUUUUCUAGGUCCAAUGAACAUGAAGCGUGUGGAUGGUGGAAGGCAAUUAUUAAGAUGAUCAAAGGUGGUUUUCAAGUAGUUGAAUAUCUAGGAUGGGAAUGUGCUUAUACCGAAAUUGUAGCUAGUGAGCGACUGAGGGCAAAAAAUCCUAAUCCCCCUAUUGACAAAAAUACAUUUCACAAGAUCGAAAUGGAAGUACCUGAAGAUCUAAAAGAUUUUGCCAAAAUGGAUAAUGUACAUAAGGAAUUUCAAAGAGCGAUAGGGGCGGCAGUGUGCCGAUAUGUGCCUGAACGAGGAGUAUUGCUGGCCAUCUCUCGUCAUGAAAAUCUACAUCGUAACAUUACCAUGAUUCAGGAGAUGCACUUUAGAAACUUAUCGCAAAAGGUAUUACUUUUGAAAAGAACAGAAGAAGCGGCACGUCAACUUGAGUCGACUAAACUUCAAACGAUUGGGGGCAAAUUUAGAUCUUCAAACUUUAUAUAUCAGCGUGUCUCAGACUUUGAGGCAGGAGUGAAAACAAAUUCAAGAUACACAGACGAAUUUAAUGUUCGUGAAGACCUGAUGGGUUUAGCAAUUGGUGCUCAUGGCGCAAAUAUUCAGCAGGCGAGGAAAGUCGACGGAAUAACGAAUAUAGAAUUAGAAGAAAAUUCCUGCACAUUCAAGAUAUAUGGAGAGACACAUGAAGCGGUUAAAAAGGCUCGUUCCAUGCUCGAAUAUAGUGAAGAAUCUAUACAAGUUCCACGUGUUCUGGUAGGGAAAGUAAUCGGGAAAAACGGUCGCAUAAUACAAGAAAUUGUGGACAAGAGUGGUGUAAUAACGACUGGUUCGAGUGGGAAUAUGUAUACUGAUAGAGUGCGAGUGAAAAUAGAAGGCGACAACGAACCCCAACCAACGAUUCCAAGGGAAGAAGGUCAGGUGCCCUUCGUCUUUGUUGGUACUGUUGAAAGUAUUGCUAAUGCCAAAAUGUUACUGGAGUAUCAUUUGGCACAUUUGAAGGAAGUAGAACAAUUACGACAAGAGAAAUUAGAAAUUGACCAACAGUUAAGAAGCAUCCAUGGAUCAACUACGGGACCAAUGCCCAAUUUUCCUCCAGCAAGACGAGGAAUGAUUGCUGGUCCAGAGGAAGGUGGUGGAGGUCGUGGUGGCCGUGGUGGUCAAUCUCGUGGACGUGGCAGAGGUAGAGCUCCCACCAGACACAAUGCCGGGUUACGUCGAGAUACCUUAGAUGGUAGCGAAGACCGGGUAAGAGACUUACCUCCAAGAGGUGGUCAUCAAGGAGGUGCAGGAAAUUCGGGGUAUAUGGGCGGUAGACAAGGUCGUCCUCCACCUCAACGUAGAGACCGCAGAGACGAGCGUCGCCGAACAACAGAUGAUGAAGACACAGUUCUUGACAGUCAAGAUGUUUCGAGCAUCGAUAGAGAGUCUGUAUCAAGUGUGGAGGGUGGACCUAAAGGCAUAAGACGAAGACGGCUUCGACGUUCUCGACAACGUAGUUCUACACCAACAAAUAGUGAACAAGGCAGCAAUGCCGCCCCAGGAGACCAAUCAACCGUAACUAGUAAAGAAGGGACACCAGCAAAUGACAUUUCUGCUACUAACAACAGUUCUCAAGGCCCUAAAGGCCAGAGAGAACAACGGUUUCGUCAUCGUAUACAACAGAGCAAUAAGCCUAAAGAAGCUCUGGUUAAUGGUACCAGUGGCUAAAUAACCAUUAUGGUCGACAAUUGCUACUUAUGUAUAACACUACACCUGAUGAGAGCUAUUAACACCCAGCACAUAACAUGACGCAUACCUACGCAAGGACUACACGAUUAUGGAACGCGACAUGAUUAGUCUACGCUCGUUGUUAAGACUGUUUGCUACCGAUAAGAAUACGACAGUUGUUUAAGAAAUCGUCAUUCUCCUUAAACACAUUUAAGGACACACAUUAAUAUCCAUGCAUGGUUUAGUUUAAUGAUAGUUAUUACGCUAUCAUGUUUGAUAUAUGGAUACAUUCAUUGGGAGAUAGUAGAAGCAUCUGGUAAAAAGGAAUCCCCUGAUUGUGAAACUGUGCCUCAUUUUUAUACCGAGCUCCCAACUUGUGUGACAGUAAUUUCGACGUACUAUACAGUACCUCUUAAUCACUUGUGAAACGAUCCAAUAAUAGCCUGGAUAUUCGUGGCUCGUACGUCAAUUAUCAAUUUGAACAAUUUUCGUCUAGAUGUGUCGCUAUAUUCUCAUGACAAAAGAACAAGAUACGUACGAAAAGGCAGAAUGUAAUCAGUUUCAAUGUUAUUUCUAUUCCCUUAACUAAUUAAAUGUUUGUUGUCACAAAGUUAUUAAUAUGUUUAAACAUACAUUACGGCCAGAAGUACGAGUUUUGUGUUAUCUUGUAUUCGUUUUUGGAAAAACGAAGAUAGAACCCACUGAAUAUAACUGUUUUGCGACAUAACUAGGGCGAAACUGAAUGUGAUGUAAGAAAAAUGGAUUUCCGUUGUUAGACAUAACAAUCGUAGGCGGCAGCUGCAUGAAAUCUGGGUUUAAAGGUGUUCCCAAUGAUGUUCCUUCUAUUUACUUCACAAGAUGAGUUUUUUUUUUUUUGGUUUACAAUUACUAGUAGAAUUAUUUAACAACACUAGAUUUUUAUGUUUCAAUGCUGAGUGUUGAUUAAUAAUACCAUGAUGAAUGCUAAAAUGACUUAUUUGAUUGUAAAAGAACACAAAUGGGUGUGCACAAGAAGUCGGUUUUUAUUUCCGGGUUCACUUCUCACGUAAUUUAGUCUUUUUUUUUAUUACAGUCUAAGCAUACUAUAUCAAACUUAGAAUUUGAUAUAAAGUUCGUUUCUGCAUUCUUUCGCAUGAUUUAAAAGGAAAGUAAACGUAUACUUAGUAAUACCAAUGUAUGAUGUGCCAGAGAAGGAAUGAUACAUGUUUUAUGAUAUCUAGCUGAAGUGCAGACUUAGCGCAUACCUUUAUUACUAUAAUACUACUUAGUCGAAAUGUGGAUGUCUGAAAAAAUAAAUUAGCUUUACUAUACUAAGCUAUAAAAUAGAUAUGGCUAACUGUUUUAAAUUGAUUAUCGGUGACUAUUAAAAAUCAACUGUCAAUUUAAAACAGUUGUCUCUUCUUCCGGAUAUGACAACAACUAAUCGGACGUGUCUCAUGAAUUUUGCAAAAACGCAUGGCGGUUGAUGCAAUACUUGACACCUAAUAAAGUAGCUGCCAUUUUAUCUGAAUAUUCUUAUGGCAGCCAAAAAACUGAGAUAUCCCCCAACUUGCUUGUUUCAGAUACAUUUGUAUUGAUUGCAGUUUGUGCAUAAUUUAAGAAUAAAACAUUUCUGUACAUAGA